AUGAGCAGUUACGCCUUUGACUGGGAAGCCUUCGGUCAACGCCCAGAUAUGCACAAGGCAAACCUCGAAACACGCAAGGCUGUGAUCGUCGCGUUUAUUCGAGACCUCGCUCCGCCAUCGCCGUCGUCCGUGCAAGACCCUAUGAUUCGAUUGGAGAACGCUGAGGACGUCGAUCAUGCGGAUUAG